AUGGCGAUGAUGAUGACUGGCCGUGUGCUGCUGGUGUGUGCCCUCUGCGUGCUGUGGUGCGGUGCCGGCGGGGUUUAUGCGAGGAACCCUGACAACAAUUCACUGGGCGGCUUCAUGGCGUCGAGAGGGUUUGGAAGGAAUAAGUCGUUUUUGUCAAACGGAUCUAUUAAAAACUUAUCCACACCGCUUUUGCUGUCAGCAUCUUUUAUCUCUGCUAUACAAGCCGAAGCUCAUGAAGAAGUUUCUUCUGCAGGAGUUACUGAUUCACAUUUGAGUGGAGCCACGGGUUUUGGUACUGUUCCACAUGUUUCUGGUCCUGCUAUUCCUGUCCCUGGUUCCGUUCGUGGUCCUGGUGCUAUUCCUGAUGUUGCUGUUCCUGUUCGUGCUGGUCAUGGUCCCGGUCUUGGAGCUGCUAUUCCCGGUCAUGGUCCUGCUGGUCCCGAUGAUGUUCCUGCUAUUCCUGUCCCUCGUCCUGUUCGUGGUCCUGGUGCUAUUCCUGGUGCUCCUUUUUCCAGUACUGAUGUUACUGAUCUUGUUCCUGCCUUUUCCGGUCUUGGUGCUGCUACUCCUGGCCCUGCUGGUCCCGGUCUUCGUGCUGCUAUUCCUGGUCCUGCCGGUCAUGGUCCUGUUGGUCCCGGUCAUGGUGCUGCUAUACCCGGUCAUGGUCCUGCUGGUCCCGAUCCUGCUUUUUCCGGUCUUGUUCCUGCCGUUCCCGGUGCUGGUCAUUCUGUUGGUGGUGGAAGUGAACUUCCGGACUCUCGCUCUGUCGUUACUUCCUCAAGUCAAGGUGGUAAUGGAAAAACAACCCCGGUCAGUGUUUCAUCCGAUGAGCAGAUUGCAUCCCCAGAGGAAGUUUUGGCACAAAAGGAAACAGGGAGUCAGGGCACCUCUUCGCCCGAAGGACAGCCAACGGUGUCAUCCAACAAUGAAAAGCAAAGAAACAAUUCUGUCUCAGCAGGGGGUCACAGUCUUGGCCACGACGCCGCGGGAGAUGAACUCCAAGACUCUUUGGAAGAACAACAGAAAAAUGACCAUUCACAAACGAACGAGACAAAAAAAUCAUCAGGGGACCAAAAUACAGAAUCUCAACACAGUGGAAAAACACUCUCGAAAGUAUCCAACACAACAACGCAUGGGAUAAAAACUCAACUACCAAUGACAAAUUCAGUAAAUGAGAAGAACUACAGUCAAAACACGGAUGCAUCCCACACCACCUCCCCUCUUUUGCUUCUUCUUGUUGUUGCGUGUGCUGCGGUGGUGGCCGCGUGA